AAAUUCCUCUGUGUCCCCCUAGUGGGCGUGCCCCACAGUUUGGGAACCACUGGAGUAGAGGUUAGUGUCAUGAGGACAUCAGUCAGCACUUGUGUGACAGCCUCUUGUGUUCUUGCAGGCAUUGAACUCAUCGCUGCAUUCCAUGGCUGUUUGUAUGCUGGCUGCAUUCCUGUGACCGUUCGACCACCUCAUGCUCAGAACCUCACUGCAACUCUGCCCACCGUGCGAAUGAUCGUAGAUGUCAGCAAAGCUGCCUGCAUUCUCACAACUCAGACCUUAAUGAGACUACUGAAAUCCAGAGAGGCAGCGGCUGCUGUGGAUGUGAAAACCUGGCCAACCAUCAUUGACACAGAUGACUUGCCCAGGAAGCGGCUACCUCAGAUCUAUAAACCACCCACACCAGAGAUGUUGGCAUACCUAGAUUUUAGUGUGUCCACAACAGGCAUGCUUACAGGAGUGAAGAUGUCCCACUCAGCAGUGAAUGCUCUUUGCAGGGCGAUAAAGCUCCAGUGUGAGCUCUAUUCCUCUCGGCAGAUUGCCAUUUGUCUUGAUCCCUACUGCGGACUUGGCUUUACGCUCUGGUGCCUUUGCAGGUAUGAAUUGGAAUGAAAACAAAAGGGUAAGAUAUUGAUUGGUU